GAAGAAGGUUGUGAUAGUUUGUUGCCUGACGAUGCAGACUAUUCAGGAAUUUUGUGAUGCAUUUAUGAGGUGGUUUUCUUGUGCUUCAGGUGGUUCAUUGGCCACAUCUUCCUCAAAAAAUACAGCAGGCCCUUUCUUUAAAGUUGUCUCCAGUUCAGGAAUGUGUGAGGCCAAAAUGGGAAACGUGACAUUGCAGGUGGCAACAGGAGACAUAACCCAGGAGACUACCGACGUCAUUGUCAACUCUUCAAAUGAGAAAUUUACCCUCAAAACAGGAGUUUCUAAGGCUAUUCUGGAUGCAGCCGGUCAGGCUGUUGAAGCUAGAUGUCGAACCCUUGGUCUUGAGCCCAACCCAGGCAUGAUAAUGACACAACCAGGUAACUUAAAGUGUAAGAAGGUCCUCCACCUGGUUGGACAAACUGACCCAGUAAAAAUCAACAAGGUUGUGAAGGAUGCUCUCCAAAUGUGUAUAAAAAACCGCUACAGAUCUGUCUCAUUUCCUGCCAUUGGCACAGGUCAAGGUAAUGCACAGGCAAAACAGGUGGCAGAUUCCAUGUUUGACGCAGUGAUUGAUGUGUUGAGCCAAAACCCUUCCAGUAGCCUGACAACAAUCCGGAUAGUCAUUUUCCAGCAGACCAUGCUCCAAGACUUCUCCACUAGUAUGCAACAAAGAGCAGUAACUGACUUUUCUGGUGCUUCAGGUGGUUCAAUGGACACAUCUUCCUCAAAAAACUACAGAUCAGCUGGUUUUCCUGCUGUUGGAGAUAUUCCUGCUCACUGGGAUUCCAUGCCACCUACCACCACAUGUGAAUUGUUCCCAAUCCCAGCUGGGACACCAGAGUACAAUGAUGUCCUUACUCUGUUUCGGGCCACUUGCAAUUGCAGCGUUAUCAAGAUUGAGAGGAUCCAGAACCCCGGAUUGUGGAAGAGUCUUCAGAUCAAGAAGGAGGAGUUGGAGAUGAGAAAUGGCCAUCAGAACAAUGAAAGACGCCUUUUCCACGGCACCACGGCACCCACGAUCCCUAUUGUCAAUGAACUCGGCUUCAAUCGGAGUUACGCUGGAAAAAACCCUGCAAGUUACGGCAACGGCUCGUACUUUGCCGUCAACGCCAGUUACUCUGCCGAUGACACCUACUCCAAGCCUAAUCAAAAUGGAGAGAAGUUCAUGUAUCUUUGCCGUGUGCUGGUGGGGGACUUCACCGUCGGGCAGUCCGGCAUGAUUACACCGCCGGCCAAGGGGAGCAGCAUCACUGAAAUGUUCGAUAGCGUUGUGGACAACAUGAGCAAGCCCUCCAUGUUUGUGAUCUUCAAUGACAUCCAGGCCUAUCCAGAGUAUCUGAUUACGUUCAAGUGAUGUGACCGUGUGCUGUGAUUUUAAAUCUAACUGGGAUUUUUGUAACUUUUUACUGAUUCUUAUAUAAUUCCAGUAAUCAAUCUGUUUUUCUAAUUUGAAAUAGUUUUAAGAGCAAGCUUUCGUCAUUGUUAGUGAGCCUCCUGUAGUGCAUUAAAAUGUUGCAAUGAGCAUAUUUCAGUUUACACAUGCAAACAGACAUUGGUGAUCUUAAAGUAAACGGGAGAGGUUUAUUUUUAUUUUUAUUUUUUUGCACUUUAGACUUACAGCACUGAAGAUGGGUGUUCUAAGAAAUCAUGUGAUAGCACAGGUGGGUCUGUGUAUUGGAUCAGAUCAGCAACUAAGAUUGAAAGUAAACAUGAAGUUUAACUUUGACUUAAAGCAAAAAGGCUGUGAAAUAAGUUUAUAAAUAUAACAUUUUAAAUGAUGCGCCUUGUUUUUGUCAUAAAGCAACAAGAAUGCAUGAAGCUACUUUUAAAAUCCAAAUAAAAUAUAUUAUAUCUCUGAUUAUAUAUUAAACUAAGCCAGUUAUAAAACACCUGAUUAUUUUAAACUUCCAUCACAGAAGCUGCCUUGUUAAAGAAGCUGAGAUUUAUUUUGUACUGAAACAUGAAAGGUUUUUCCUCGUAAUGGGAUUUUGGUUUUUGUACAAUUCUUUCAA